AAAGCGCUGAUCACUUGUGACCUGGCGACGGUACAGUCCAGUUUGGUGCCUACCGUUCCAUACGCAGCGUUUGAGCUUUUGUGUGAAAUUGGUGUGCUACGUCGUGUGUGAUUAUGGGCUGUUCACUGAAAUGGUUCCUUCCACUGCUUGCGAUCCUGUAUUGGGUGUCGCAAACGAGUGGAGUAGAGAAUCGUUUAGCGUGUGGCAGACGCAAGGUAAAGUCCCUUUACCUCAUACAUAAUGGUAUUGACGCGAAGGCUGGACACUGGCCGUGGCACGUGGCGCUUUUCCAUCGAAAGGAUGGACAGUACGAAUACGCCUGCGGUGGAUCCAUCCUCGAUGAAAACACCAUUCUUACAGCGGCCCAUUGUGUGUAUACCCAAAGCGGUGUGAUUUCGGCAUCACGAGUGUCGGUGGACGUGGGACGAAUCCAUCUCAACGAAACAAGCGAAUACACGCAGACGCACCGUGUGCGAGAGAUAAUAGUUCACCCGGGAUUUAGCAAAAACAGCAUUAUCAACGAUAUUGCUCUGAUAAAGCUGGGCUCGAACAUCACGAUGAACAAGUAUGUGCAGCCGGUCUGUUUGUGGACCAGGGACAGCAAUCAGGAGUCGAUUGUGGGUAGAAACGGAACUAUCGUUGGAUUUGGUCUGAAUGAACAGGACGUUGUGUCGGAUCAGCUGAAACAAGCCCAAAUUGGUGUGGUGGAUGCGUUGACGUGCAUUGCAAGCGAUCGGGGGGUGUUUGGAACUCACCUGACGUCGGACAUGUUUUGUGGCAAGGGAGAGAAGGGAGUAAGUGCAUGCAAUGGAGAUAGCGGCGGUGGAAUGUUCUUCGAGGUCAGUGGCAAGUGGUACGUGAGGGGCCUGGUGUCAUUCACGCCUUUACGUGGCAAUACCGGACUGUGCGAUCCGCUCAAGUACACCGCCUACACCGAUGUCACCAUGUAUCUGGAAUGGAUUAAACCGUACAUAGAUGAGCGUGUGCUUUCGUACGAGAGUGAUGUGCUGGAUAUAGAUUAUGAGGAAAAGCUAAGGCUGUUCAACUUCGAAACGUGCGGCGUGAAAUCAUCUUCAUAUGUUGAGAAUGGUACCAGUUGGACACUGCCAUGGCUUGGGUCCGUUAGAACUCCGAACGACGGCGUUCCUAGAUGUACAAUUACGCUUAUCAGCGAGUGGUAUGCGGUUGGGCCUGCACACUGCUUUGAAGACGAUCGUAACGAGGCAUUUAUUGUGCUUGGUAGCUACGUUGACCUGUCGAAUACGGAUUGCUUCGAUCGCAAUGGGACGACCGUAUGUACCCAUCCUUCACAAACACGGCGAAUUAAACGGGUGAUAUUGCAUCCAAAGUUUGACAGGAAUGAUUAUACCAAUAACAUCGCACUGAUUGAGUUGCUGAUUGCAGCAGAUACCACGCAACCCAAUGUAAAGCCUAUCUGCCUGCCUGUAACUUCCGAACUACGAACAAACGCCAAGACGAACUUGCACGUGGCGACGGUUUCGUUGGAAGAAGCUGCAUACAAAAACAUGUUUAUUAAAUAUGUUGAGUCCGACGAGUGUUUGAGACGAUACUCCGAACAACAUAUUGAGUUAAAUCUGGACAACAAACGGUUUUGUGCGGAAGUAGUGGACGAACACGACCGAGAAAAAUGCAUUCAACUAGAAGCGGGAGCACCGCUCCAGGAAAGAAAGAUAUUCAAUGGGACCGAGCGAUACUUUCUGCGAGGAAUAGAGCUGCAUGGAUUGGCCUGUGAUUCAAUGGGACCAACCAUUUACAACGAUGUGGAAGUCUAUAUGGACUGGAUACUGUACAACAUGCGGUACAACAUGCAAGAAACACCGGAGUCUGUUAGAAUUUCGGCAACCAAUACCACCCUUGAGGCGGAAUGGAACAAGUUGCAGCAGCAGCCGGGAAAGGAAAAGUUGCGUCUGUUCAAUAUGGACACUUGUGGCUUAACCAACACCGGAUCUGAGAUCAUUCCACAGGUAACGGUCCUCCCGUGGAUUGGGUCAUUUUGGGAACAUGACAAUGUGAACAGCGGAACCGCUUGGUUGAGGAGCGUGGUGGUGCUCAUAAACGAAUGGUAUGCGAUUGCCCCCAAGUUCAUUACACAAAACGAUGUAAUUUGGCGAUUUGUUCUCCUAGGAAAGUAUAGCUCAAAUGAAGUAACCAACUGCACCUCUAGCACAUGUGAGGGAACAUUCCAGCUGAUGGAAAUCAAGAACAUUAUCACCCCAAAAAUAGAAUCAGAACUACUGUAUGCACUGAUAGAGUUUGUCGAGCCAGCUAAUCUAAGCAAUCCCUACAUCAAACCGAUCUGUUUGCCCUUCAUGGAUCAACUGCAUCAGCAUGAUCCUACGGUAGUUUUACUGUCAUCUUUAGAUCAAGAUCAGGUCGUCCAAAACAAAAAGCUUAAGUUGAUCAACUAUUCGAGCUGCCAGCAACGAUUCUUGCAUGAAAAAGUUUAUAAUCAUUUUGGCGAUAGUUUGAUUCGGUGUGCAGUCGAGGUGGAAAAUUUCAGACAAAUGCCUUUACAUUCCUUACCUGGCAGUCCGUUUCAGAUGCCGUUACGGUAUGGAGACGGUACACAUUAUUUUUUACACGGGAUGAAUGUAGCAUAUCCGGGUAGACUAGACUUUUUUCCUGUUUUGAAUUUUGGACCGUAUAUCUAUUACCCGGUUAAGCUGGCCGAUCUCGAAUGGAUGAUGGAGAAUAUAUACGAAAAAGAGCGUAAUAUUACAUUAUUCCGUGCGACAGAGAGUAAACGUAUAAGUUUGACACCGGUACAACACAACUCCAGCCAGACUUUGCUCAACUUUAAUACCUGCGGAGAAUCAUCAAUCAGCUAUCCAACACCAUGGCUAGGGUAUGUCUUUUACAAUGUGCCGACUUUUGAUACAGUGAAGUGUAUCGUAACACUCAUAAGCGAGCUGCACGCUGUUGGUCCAGCAGAUUGUUUUGAUGAUUCUAGUCAAGACGUUCUUCUACUGUUCGGAGAUACUAAUGAAGCUGUCAAGAAGGAUUGUUCUGCGGCAAAUAAUCCUGAUUCAUGCAAUCUUCCUACUCAAAGAGUGGCGAUCCAGAAGAUCUUCACUCAUCCACUCUAUAACAAAACCAGAAACGAUGAUAUUGCAUUGAUUCAACUGGCCACUCCUGUGGAUACAAGUCGGUCGAAUGUGAAGCCCAUCUGCUUACCGAUCAUCGACACCAUUCGUAAUUAUGAUACAUCAAGCCUGGUAAUAUCUUCUUCCAGCUAUGACACUGUCAAUGUUGGUGAUAGAUACAUCGACGUGGAGGAAUGUCAAAAACGGUGGCAAGACUUGAAGUUGAGCUUUGUCGUCGAUCGAUCAAUGCAUUGUGUGAUGCUACAACGAACGGUGGAAAAUACAUGCGUGGGUGUAGUUGUUGGUGCAGCGCUACACUCACUCCAAGCGCUGAAAUCAAGAGAUAGACACUUUUUGCGCGGAUUUUUUGUGACCGGGUCAUCUUUAUGCAGUAUACACUACCCUUUAGUUUACGUCAACACAGACGCUUAUUUGGACUGGAUAUUGGAUACUAUGGAGCAACCAGCCAAUUUUACGUUCGAUCUGCAUCAGGAACUUAUUUUCAGCAAAAAAUGAUCAAUAAUAUGUAUGGUCAAGUAUAUCAACAUUCCUGCGAGAUGAAAUAAAACUAUGUCUUUUUUUAUGUGUAACUGAAUGUAUGUAAUUGAAUGUACGGUCGAACUAUUCCUUUUGCUCUCCACGCGGUAACCCAGUGGUCUCCAACCUGUCGUCCGUGGACCACUUGUGGU